AUGGAUCAAAGCGAAAGUAACCAAAGCAAUCAAAAUCAUCAUGAAUAUAUUCAAGACAACCAUGAAAGCGAUUAUAAUUAUGAAAAUGACCAAAGUUACCAAUACGAUUAUGAAAGUGAUCAAA